UUCCCCCGUCCCCCGCUAAGAUCGAGCUGAGCUGCUAGCUUUAGUCACAGAUCGAAACCAACGUAACAACAAUGGCGUCGUCGCUAAGCAACAACAUAACAGCUUUCCUAAACUUCGUGGCCUUUAUGUGCUCCAUACCCAUCAUCUCCGCCGGAAUCUGGCUGGCCUCCAAGGCCGACAACCAGUGCAUCCUCUGGCUCCGGUGGCCCCUCGUCGUCAUGGGCGUCGCCCUCCUCCUUGUCUCCCUCACCGGCUUCGCCGGCGCCUACUGGAACAAAGAGGGCCUUCUCGGCGUCUACCUCGUCUCCAUGGCCAUCCUCAUCGUCCUCCUCCUCUCCCUCCUCAUCCUCGCCUCCGUCGUCACGCCCCCCGACGGCUCCUACGCCGUCCCCGGCCGCCGCUACCACGAUUACCGCCUCGGUGGCUACUCUGCUUGGCUCAGGGAUCAUGUCACCGGGGACGAUUACUGGGCGGACAUUAGGGCGUGUUUGGCUGCGGAUCCUCAUAUUUGUCCCGCCAUGAAUAAUAACUACUUCACUGCUCAACUAUUCUUCGCCGCCCGUCUUUCUCCUCUGCAGUCAGGAUGUUGCAAGCCCCCAACAAUAUGUGGUUACCAAUACGUGAGUCCGACAAUGUGGAUCAAUCCAACUUAUCCUAUGAUAGACGCUGAUUGCUCCAUCUGGAACAAUGAUCCAACCCAAUUGUGUUAUAAUUGCGAUUCUUGUAAAGCUGGGUUACUUGGAAAUCUUAGAAGUGAAUGGAGGAAGGUGAAUGUGAUAUUGAUUGUUACUGUAGUCCUCCUCAUUUCGGUUUAUUUAAUUGCUUGUAGUGCGUACAAGAACGCACAGACUAAGGGGCGCAAGUAGAAUUUGGUUCAAAAUUAUUUUAUAAAUAUACAAGAACUUUAAAUUAGUCGUGUCAAUAAGCGCAAAGACUUAAUUAGUGAUAUAUGAUAACAAAAUAUUCAAUUUUUUU